AAUGAGUAGCUCGAACAAUUUGAAGCGAUAAGGAAAUUUGAAAAUGAGAGUAAUGAGGCAUCUAACCUAAACACACCUUCAGAGCUCCUCUGGAUAUACUGUGCCGAAGUGCCAAAACCUACGCCACUGCAAAGCUACUGCGCUUCGAUCAGACGGGCACAUGUGAAAGUAGACAAAAACGUGAACAUCAAUGUGAUUGCGACUAAAAUCGUGAAGCGCCAGCCGAACUUCAAGACGAGUUUAUCUCGGGGCCUCUUCGUCCCGUUCAUGUCUAUGUAUAGUCGCUCCACACGUCGUUCGGCGUCUGCUGUCAAAGCAUUGGGAAUAGAUAGGUCUCAAUGGUCCAAGUUCAGCUCACCGUAAUACAGAGUUCAUUGACGAACCUUAGACAGUCUGAUUAGCCAUUUCAUGGUUGGGGGCUCCCUAUAAGGAAUAAGGAAAAACAUGGCAAAACUGGGUCAGGCUGUCAGAGGACUUUCCUCAAAUUUUUCAUCGAACCAGUACUUCUCACGAUUACUUUCUUCCCCAUGGCAGGGGGGUAUUUUUGCUUCUGCUCGUUGGACAUCCGCAAAUGCAAACACAGCUCCUAAUCUCCAACAAAGUGGACUGAUGAUCAGUGACAGCUGUGCUCAGCGUUUGAAAGAGAUCGCAACUGGAACGGAACAAACUUGCCUAAGAGUUACCGUCGAGGGAGGUGGGUGCUCCGGGUUUCAAUAUAAAUUUGAUCUAGACUCAACUAUAAAUGAUGACGAUAGGGUUUUCCAGAAGGAUGGAGUCAAAGUGGUGAUAGAUGCCACAUCUCUGGAAUACGUCAAAGGCUCAACAGUGGAAUACCACAAGGAACUGAUACGUUCAGCUUUUAGAAUAACAAAUAAUCCAUUAGCGGAACAAGGUUGUAGCUGUGGGGCCAGCUUUGCCAUUAAAGUGGACUGAUUAAUCGGAAGUAGUUAAUUGUUAGUAGUCUUUCUCUCAGUCAUACAUAGAGAUUUCUUUGCAAAUAACUUAAAAUUCUGUAUCUUAUUCUCUAUUCGCAAGAUGUACAAAAUAUAAAAUGAUGGAAAUAUCCUGAAAGAAAA